UUAAAAGCACGUACACUAACAAUGCCCUGGAGGUUUAGCAUAGCCCAACUUAUUACUUAAUAAUUACCACCUAUGCAAGGAUCAAACUUAAAAUGAACUGCAGAGAUUCGCUGAUCUUCACAUUAUUGUUUCUAAGAUCUUUUCUUUUAUUUGUAGGACGCCUAUCUUUCCGGAAGUUGUAAAAUUAUCCUUCCGGUGAAAGCGGGCAAACAUGAAUGUACUUAAUCUGCGGUGUUUUGGGUUUUAAUUCGCUAGUUGCGUUUUUUUCCAAGGUUCCUGCCAGUGCAGUGGUAGUUGAACACCAUGGGUCUGUUAUCUGACCCAAACCGACGGAAAGCCAUAACCAGCCUGCUCACCCGCCUCAACACGCCCAUAUGUGUGGUGUGCUAUCUGGCGGGCAUCGCCUGGUUCAUGGGCCUGGCCUUUGAACCCUUCACCCUGCGGACGUACAUGUCCGAGAACGCCAUGGGCUCAACCAUGGUGGAGGAGCGCUUCCCCUCAGGAGAGAGGGCCCUGGCCACCGCCAGGGAGUUUGCAGCCCACAAAAAAAAGGUUGGGGGAAUGCCGGUAGACUGGCUAGUGAAGACCAUGAGGGCCCAGGGGCUGGAGGUCUUUACCCAGAGCUUCUCUCGCAAUCUGCCCUUCCCUGAUGAGAGCAAGGAACGAUUUGUGGUCCGAGGCACUAACGUGUAUGGGAUUUUGCGUGCCCCCCGAGCCCCACGAACUGAAGCGCUGGUGCUCAGCGCCCCCUGCAGUCCUGGCAACAGCAACAACCAGGCUGUGGGCCUUUUACUAGGCCUGGCGCAGUAUUUUAGGAGUCAGAUUUACUGGGCAAAGGACAUCAUAUUCCUGGUGAAUGAACAUGACCUCAUUGGUGUGCAAGCCUGGCUGGAGGGCUACCAUCACACCAACAUCACAGGGAUGGGGUACACUCCCCUGCAGGGGCGGGCCGGCUCCAUCCAGGCUGCCUUGUCACUGGAGCUCAACAGUGAUGUCGUCACCAGUCUGGAUCUGGUCCUGGAAGGUCUCAAUGGGCAGCUUCCCAACCUGGACCUGGCCAACCUCUUCCAUGCCUUCUGCCAGAAGCUGGGAAUACUCUGCACCAUUCAGGGAAAGCUCCAGAGGAGCGACUGGGACACCGUGGAGGGCUACACCCACUCCGCCCAGACCAUGUUGCUGAUGGUGCUGAAGCAGGCGUCCGGCCGUCCCUGGGGCGAGCACGGACUCUUCCUGCGCUACCACAUCGAGGCCGCGUCCAUCCGUGGCGUCAACAGCUUCCGACAGUACAAGACUGACGCCACCAGCAUCGGCAGGCUGUUUGAGGGAAUGGUCCGGAAGCUGAACAAUCUUCUAGAGCGUCUUCACCAGUCCUACUUCUUCUACCUCAUGCCCUCGCUCACACGCUUCGUCUCCAUUGGCUACUACAUGCCAGCCUUUGGACUGCUCACCACCAUCCUGCUGCUGCGAGCGUUGGACCUGUGGGUUCAUCUGGGCACUCCAACACCAGUAACUGAAGAUGGAGUCGGUGAAGGCGAGUCGCCGUCCAGUCCGGGGCUGCUGUCCGUGUUGACGCCCGUGGUCAUCAGCCACUUGACAGGUGUGGCUCUGUACACGCUGCCCGUCCUGUCUCAGGAGAUGGCAGUGGAGCACUUCCCCGUGUCUGAGACGGAGGCCGUGGUCCUCACCGCCAUAGCCAUCUACACUGCAGGCCUGGCCCUGCCCCACAACACACACAGGCUGAUCUCCGGCGAGGGGACUGAGCAGGGAUGGAGGGUUCUGAAGCUUGUGGCCCUGCUGUAUCUGGCUGUGCUGCUUGGCUGCACGGCUCUCAUCAACUUCUCCCUGGGCUUCAUCCUCGCCGUCACGCUGGUGCCCGCCGCAGCCUGCGUCACGCCACACGUGCCCAAGGCUUUGAGCGCCGUGGCGAUGGUGCUUCUCAGUCCGGGCUGCACCAUCCUCUACUGCGUCUUCCUCUUCCAGGAGCUUCAGGAAGUUCCGGUCUCGCUGGCGGAGGGGUGGAUGCUCUUCUUGUCCGUCAUAUCUCAGGGCAUCCUGGACCACGCGCUCUAUGGUUCGCUGGUCUACCCGCUCUUGGCUCUGCUGGUGUACCCUUGCUGGUUGCUGUUCUGGAACAUUCUGUUCUGGAAGUAAAAAGGGUUUUAAGUUUGCAAAUAGACUGAUCCUGGAUCAGCUCCAGAACAGCCCUCUUUCCCAACAAGUUCACAACCAGCCUUAAAUGGUUUUGGGGUGGGGGGAUGGAAGGGGCCUAAUACAAGUCUAAAGAGGGACCGAUCAGGAACGCAAGGCUUUGGAAGCAAUAGCAGCUCCGCGAGGAUGAAGUGACAGAAGAGGGACUAAAGGAGGCCGUGCUUCCACCUCUUGGGUUGUUUGUUUGUUUUUAUCUUUUCGUAUUCCUUUCAGCCAAAGAAGACUAAUGCGUUGACUUAUAUUUACACUGGAAAGUAACUUGAACAUGAUUUUUGAAUAGUUUAUGUAUGACACGUUUGGUGCGUCAAAUCACACAAAUGAGUUCCGAUACUGAGAUUAUACUGGUCAAGGGGCAAGUGUGGAGGGUGGUAUGUUGGCAGGACUCGGGGGUGGCUAGUAGCUAAUAUUGCAAACUUUUCUCAUAUUGACGUGAGUGUUCAUAAGAACUUGACAAAUGACAACUGAAUAAGGAAGAACGUAAAGUUGGUUUUGGUAUUCGUUUGGUAUUCAAAUUAAAUGGAUAAAACGUAUUAAAGUAAUCAUUUAUUAUUAUUAUUAUUAUUAUUAUUAUUAUUAUUAUUAUUGAGUUUUGUGAAGGAAUGUUUUUAAAGAUGAGUGUUGUCCAAACCUCUCUGAAUCUGCUGUACUAAUUUUAUUGGUUUCAUCUUUGUCGUGUUAGCCUCCUACCACUUCCUUUGUACACUAAUAAAUUAUACAAAAGAAU